AUGCCGAUGUACAAGACUGGAGACCAGGUCCGCUACAAGCCCGUCGGAGGCCCCGAGUCCCAGACCUCCGAGAGCACCGGCAUCAUCAAGGACGUCCUGACCGAGCCCGGCCGCCAAGCCCAGCGCAACGUCCAGGCCAGCGAGGAGGAGCCUCGUUACGAGAUCGAGAACAGCAACACCGGCAAGACGACCACCAUCUUCGAGAGCAACAUCCUUGGCAGUGCCUAA